AUGGCAGGUAGCGACGUGGACAGCGAGGGGCCGGCACGGAGAGGCGGCGCGGCACGGAGUCCGAGGGCCCCGGGAGGGCCGGGAAGCGAGGCGGCCGCGGGCUGCCCCGAGUCGCUGUCCGCCGCCGCAGCGCCGGCCGAGGGUGCCGCGCUGCCCGCCUGGAUGCGCCUCUACUUCUACGGGAUGCACGGGAUCGCCCUGGACGUGCUGGUGUCUUCGGUCCGGCGCUUCGCUCGCAGCCCCGACCUCCGGAUGCUGGGCUUCUCCUCGCCCUACCGCUGCCUCCUGCACUCGCUCACCCACUUCGCCCUGGAGAGGGUCUACCUGCAGCGGCGGCGCUGUCCCAGCGCCUUCGUCUUCAAUUUCCUCCUCUACCCCUCGGCUCACGUGGGGCUGCAGACCCUGACGGGCCAGGCGCUGCCGCUCAGCCUGGGCGGCGGGCCGGGGGGCGCCGCGGCGCCGGGGGCGCUGGACCUGGCGCUGCAGUACGUGCUGGCGCUCUACCACUGCCGAGUGUUCCUGAAGCGCUUCCUGCGCUUGCGGUACCCGCGGCCGCGGCAGCAGCAGCGGAGGGGCGCGCUCCCCGCCCCUCCGGGGGCCCGGGCCGCUGCGGCGGCCAGUGCCCGGCGGCGACGACCCCGGGGUCCCAAGGGCGCCGGGGGAGCCCCCAGCCAGGGGCUGCCGGACCUGCUCCGCUUUCUUUUCUUCGGAAUGCACGGCUUCCUAGAUGAGAUCUUCUUCACCUUCUUCUUUAACGUGCUGGGGCAAGGGGACAGAGCAACCAGUGGUCACACAUCGCUCUGGUCCUUCCUUAUGUAUGGCAGCUGCAGUUUCGUGGUGGAAAAGCUCUACUUCCACCUUCACUACAGCCGCGGUUGGGGGGCCUGGAAGCGGGUGCCCAUCUACGUGAUCUUCAUCUACGCGUGGGAGUUGUCCUGGGGUCUGGGACUCCGCACGUGCGGGGCUUGUUCCUGGGACUAUUCUCACUACCCACUCAAUUUCAUGGGCCUCAUCACUCUGAUGUAUUUACCUGGUUGGAUAUUCCUUAGUGUGUACCAGGACCUACUUUCCAACGUGUUGUGGCAGGUACAGUAUGUACCAACUAACUAA